AUGCCCGCCGCCGCGCCCGCUUGUCCGACUGCCGUUGUCGCUCAUCGCCUCAUGUCCGCCGCCGCCGUCGUCAUUGGGCACCAACCACAAGCCUCAUCUCGCAACCUAGUUCUGGACAGGGUCAGCCCAUUUCCAGCUUCUCGAGCCCACCACAACGGUCUGCAUCGCUGCAUCCUCUAG